GUGGAAUUAAAAUGUAAAUAAAAUAGGUCUACAGGUAUAAAAUAAUGUAUCUAUAAAUAAAAGAGGAAGAGAAAAGUGACGAUUUGACAAGACAGAAUAGAGCGAUCUGUUGCGUUUGGCAGACGAGUAAUUUGAUCUCACGAACGAUCAAUCUGAAUCUCGUGCACAUUGAAAAUUUUCACAAUGAACGAUAAGCCAUCACCUUCUACGCUGCUUGAAGUAGAACUCACUUGACAGUGCUCGGUGAUUGAUGAUGUACAAAGCUAAAUAAAUAUAGCGAUAGUGAUCACCAUGUUGAAAACGUGUAACAUUGUAGCCGACUGCACGUUCGUACCAUUAGCCGAAUAAUAAUCGAUUAAUGCACGCAAUAUGUACGCUUAAGCAACUUUGAUAAUCCCUUCAUGUCACGUUUCGUGCUUUGUAAUUGUAAACCAUUUACAGAGGAUAUCAACGUACAUACGCAUGUGCGGACAAAAAUUUACUUGGCCGCUCGCAUUUCGGAUAUGCUUUGAUAACUAAGUAGAGAACCGUAUAUGCCAUACCCAAUAACAUCCCAUAUAUGUAAACACAGUAACGUGUAACUUUGUGGAAUUAGUUUACAGAUUCUAUACGAGAAUAAUAAUGAUGCAAUGCUCGAGUACAAUUACAAAAGUAACGCAAUGAUGAAUUACAUUAUAACAAAUAGAACGGAUAAAAAUACAUUUUUGUACAAUUUUUUUGAGGAUUACAAUGUCACGUUUGAUUAACAAAAACUAAAACGAUUCCGGAAAAAUACGUUGCUGGAGCCUCGCCAAAUUCCACUCGUGUAAAAAUGGUUUUGUAACCGAGAAACUUUGUAGAUCGCUGAUCUACGUCAUAACAUAAGGAACACAAUGCAUUUCCCGUUUCCUCGAGAAGAAAGAAAUCACGAUGGAGGGAAUUGACGAGAUAUCCAAGUUAAUAAACUUUUGCGUUUAUUGUAUUUUUCACGUUCAAACACAGCAGAUGCAGUUCUUUCAAAUUUACCAUUCGACAGACGGAAUGACGAUGGAAAAAGCUGGUGAAAGAGUUUCCGUAUUGCUCAAUCAGCAGUCAUUUUUACGUUCGGGAGCCUGUGUAUGACGUCCGAUAAUGGCACUGCAAACGAUCCCUGGGCACCGCGUCUGCGAUCUGCCACGAACUUGAUGGUAUGGUCGCGUGGCUGGGCACGUACACUCAUAUCCGACAACAAUGGAGCCCUCAUUCCUGGCGACAAUCUGCUAAGCUUGGAUGACGCGUGGGCAAUGCAACCCGUGCCUCGCCUAUACGAAUGCACAAUACAAUGCGCAACGUAAUCGUCUAAUGGCGACAGACACGUGCCUGCCUACGAGCUGAGAGAAAGCAGGAAGAGGACACGCGAUAGGAUACGCGAAUCGUCUUUAGUUUCAAGGUCGUUGAUGACUGGAGGACUCGCGAUAAGUAGUCAUCUUAUCCUUUAACGAUCUUCGACGGCUAUUACGAAGUACAUAUUGAUGUUGCAUAAUAAAUAAUACAUUACGAUAGUCGUUGAUAAUUUUUUUCGCGCAGUGCUCUCUUUAUCAUUUAUGAUAUACGUUUUUACGAAGAAGCAGAUGAAAUAAUAAGAUUUAGAAAUCAAUGCAGCACAUUGUUUAGAUAAAUUCUGUCAUUUGCUUUUGAACAAGCUUUAAUGUCAAUCACAUCUAUGAUUGUUCGCUUAGUGAGCUAGGAGUAAAUAUUAUAUCAAGAUAUCGAUCUGAUCUAUUGUUGUUGCUGCUGCCGAUUGCGCGAAUAGACCAAGACCAAUGUAACGCGCGAGACCAUAAACGGAUGCGUUAAAAUAGAGCAGCGUGACCCUCGAGCCGCAUAACUUGACUUGCAGCGAGGUGAGACGUUAGGUGUACUCUAGUGUCACUACACGGUGAACUGACACUUAACGCUGAUAAAUCGUCGAAACGUCACCUCAGCUCGCGGAGAAUGUUUGGUGUGUCCUAUGCCCCGCCCUUGGGGUUGGCGGGAGCGUACGGGUUGGGGCCCGACGGGGAGACAAUGCCCCUAUAAAAGAGUGAUGGACACCGGUCGAUGACAGCCACAUCCACCUCAGCCACCGAGGCAAAUUUUGUAGCAGCAACCACCGAUUACUCCCCUUUUCGUUAUGUGCUCCCUGGUCGCGAUUCUCCUCGUAGCGGCUCUGUCGGUGGCAACCGCGGCGCCGUCAGGCUACUUGGGCCACGGUGCCGCGUUAGCCGGACCGAUUCUAGGACCCGCGGCUCUUACAGGUCCCAUUAAUGGACCGUCCGCACUUGCCGGUCCGGUGGUUGGACCCGCGCGCAUAUCCGGAGCGGUCGAUGGUGGUGCUGUCGUCACUGGUGCUGUAGCUGGACCGUCGGUCGUUUCCGGUAGCGUCGCUGGGCAUGCGGCAGUGGUCGGCCCGGCUCUUGGCUAUGCGGCACCAGCUUUGGGAUGGCCUGCUUACGGUCCUUAUGGAGCAGUUCUUGCUGGUCCUGCUGUAGGUCCAGCGGCUCUCGCCGGACCUAUCGCAGCACCAGCUCUGAUUGCUGGCCCAUCCGGCAGUAUUGCUGCUGGACACGGUGGAUUAGGCGGUAUCGUUCGUGGAUAUGCGUCUGGACACUGGUAAUUUACAUCACCCCGGCAAUAUGAACUAAGGACCUUCGCGACUGAUCUCUCAGAUACCCGCAAUCUCGAUCACGAUCUGCAUCACAAUUUUCGUUAUUCGGCAUAUUUCCCAUCAUCAUAUUUCUUAUAUGUGUAUAUAACAUAAAGUUUCAUACAUAUAAUGUUAAUAUUAUAAUAAUAAUAAACGCAUGGCACUUCUGGAACAAAACUUUUUGCCUGUUACAUCUUCCUACAUGCACUUCUAAUAGUUAGUUUAUAUAAAUUUAUAUAUAUAUAUUCACGAUAUAUUGAACUCUAGUGUCUCUAAAAGAAAACGUUUUUCUAAACAUUAAAAAGAAGUAAUUAUGAAGAAAUAACAUUUUUUAAUUUCAUGUAGAGCUCUCCGGGGCAUAACGGGAUAUGGUCGAUAUCUUUUUACAGAGAUGCUGCCAUGUAAUGAAAUGUCAUGUAAUGAUUAAAUAAGAGUUAAUGUUA